ACUGUUGGGUUUAACCAAUCAUGUUGCGCCAAGUUACCGCGACGUGGGAAAAAAAUCAAACGAAGAAGAAUUUGUCGUACCAGAAAAGAAGAAAUGGCUGCUGCGCGGAGCGGAAAGAGCGGGCUGCUGGAAAAGUGGAGGAUCGAUGAGAAGCCGGUGAAAAUUGACAAAUGGGAUGGAGCUGCUGUGAAGAACUCUCUGGAUGAUGCUGCUAAAAAGGUGCUGUUGGAGAAAUACGGUUAUGUGGAGAACUUCGGGCUUGUGGAUGGCCGGCUGCUGAUCUGUACGGUGUCCUGCUUGUUUGCCAUGUUGGCUCUGGUCUGGGACUACCUGCACCCAUUUCCUGAGUCCAGACCCGUCCUUGCCUGCUGUGUCAUCUCCUACUUCAUCAUGAUGGGCGUCCUCACUCUCUACACCUCCUACAAAGAGAAGAACAUCUUCCUGGUGGCCCUGCAGAAGGAUCCGGCUGGAAUGGAUCCAGACCAUGUUUGGCAGCUGUCCUCCUCCCUCAAACGGUAUGCCAGCACCUCUUUGAAUCAAACCAGCAACUCCAACUAA